AUGUUGGGCCACUCUUCAUCCAACCCCUCUAAGCAGGGGGCCCAAUUCACCUCCGGUAGAGUUGAUACAAUGACCGAAAAAGACUCGGAAAGGCCUGAAGGCCAACCCUCAAGCGAGAAGGUAGUUUUGGGAAGUGAAGACCAAACUAUCAUUGGUGAGGCUGCUGGUGUGCAAAAGGCCGAAGCUGUGGUGUUGGCCUGGAGUAGGAACGCUGUCUGGGGAAUCUACGCCUGGUAUGAAACCACCACGAAGCCAAUGAUUUGGGUCUGCUUCUUCAUGUUGGCAUUUCAUUCGUCGAUCGGCCUCAACGUUAUCGUCAAUGCCUAUGCCAACUUUAGCAGCGCCCCUGAAGUCUCAACCGCCGCAAUUCUAGCCACGGUCGUAGGUGGAGUUGUGAAGCUCCCCAUCGCCAAAAUACUGAACAUUUGGGGUCGAGCCGAAGCCCUGACCAUCUUCACAUGCUUGUUCCUGCUGGGAAUCAUUGUCCUGGCAUCAUGCAAUGGUCCUAAUGGAUUUGCCGCGGGAUACACAAUGUAUUGGGUUGGCUACAAUGCCAUUUACCUGAUUCUUGAUGUGUUCAUUGCCGAUACCUCCGGCCUGAGAAACCGUGCCUUUGCGUUCGCUUUUUCAAGCACACCUUUCAUUUGCACGGCUUUCACUGGUCCUCUGGCUGCCCAAUCUUUCUUAAGUAUGACAACCUGGCGAUGGGCAUAUGGAGCAUUCGCUAUCAUUUUCCCCUUUACCCUCUUGCCUCUCGCUGUGGUCUUCAAAUUCUAUGAGCAGAAGGCACAAAAGAUGGGUCUCUACAAGAGACCUGUCUCUGACCGAACCUGGUCUCAGUCAAUUGUCCACUACAUUCAUGAGUUUGACAUCAUCGGCGCCGCCCUAUUGAUGGCCGCCUUUAUCUUGCUACUAUUGCCCUUCAGUCUGGCAACCUACGGACGAGCCCAAUACAAAUCCCCCACCUUCAUCGCAAUGCUGGUGAUCGGAUUCUGCCUGUUGUUUGUAUUUUUCGCAUGGGAGAAAUUCUUUGCUCGCAAACAAUUCAUCCAGUACAAUCUGCUCAAGCGACGCACUGUCCUCGGAGCUUGCGUGUUGUCCGCCGUGCUCAACCUCGGCUACGCAGCUUGGGAUCUAUAUUUCCUGAACUUCGUCAUGGUUGUAUAUGACCUCAGCGUUUCCGAUGCGGGAUAUAUGAACCAGAUUUACAACAUUGGAUCCUGUUUCUGCGCACCCCUGUUCGGUCUCUACAUCAGGCAGACAAAGCACUUCAAAUGGGCCUGCCUUUUCUUCGCUCUCCCCUUGAUGAUUCUCGGGUCCGGACUGAUGAUUCAUUUCCGCGGCUCGGAUGACGGUCUUGGGUACAUUGUCAUGUGUCAAAUCUUCAUCGCCUUUGCUGGUGGUAUGUUGGUGAUUGGACAAGACAUGGCAGUCAUGGCCGAAGCAGACCACGACGGAGUGCCAAUGAUGCUUUCCAUCCUUGGCCUCUUUGCCAGUCUUGGCGGUGCCGCUGGAAACACAGUCGCUUCUGCAAUCUAUGCCAACGUGUUUCCUAGUACUCUUGUGUCAAACCUUCCCGCGGAAGCACAAGCCGACUGGGUGGACAUCUACGUCGGUGGGUAUCUGGUUCAGAUGGGCUACCCUAUGGGAUCGGAGAUCCGAACUGCCGUCAACCUUGCCUGGGGCGAGACUCAGAAGUAUAGCUGCAUUGCAACCACUGCUGUGGUAGCACUGGGUCUGCCCUGCAUUUUCGUUUGGAGAAAUAUCAAUGUCGACAAAAAGCAAGUCCCUGGUACUGUCCUGUAA